AUUGACGAAAGGCUGAUUUCUGUUUCAACACAACUAUUGAAAAAAUACAGCCUGCUGUUUAUUUACUUUUUUUCAAAUUACAUUUUCAAUAAAAAUUUGUUUAUAUUUGUUAUAAGUUAUUAAAAUAUAAUUAAGAUAAAAUGAGUUUUAUUCAAUUUGAAAGUGCACGUGCGAAAGAUAAAGCUCGGCAGGAUCUACGAGAGGCGCGAGAAAACAUGCUGGAUGAGGCCAAAAAGCGGGCUGUGCAAAGAGCUGAACGUGAGACUGAAAGGCUUUUAAAAGGUGAAUCCAACUGGAUGUUACCCUCUGUCGAGAAAAAACUAAAGAAAAGAAGUAAAGAAGUUAAAAAAUCCAAAAAGAAAAAAGAUAAGAAAAGUAAAAAAUCGAAGAAAAAAUCAAACAGAAAACGUAAACACUCUAGCACCGAUGAUGAAAGUGAUUCAAGUGAUUCCGAUUCCACAUCCGACGAUGAUUCUACAUCUUCGUCAAGUGAUGAGCAGAAAAAGCGCAAAAAAUCAAAGAAGUCAAAAAAGAAACAUAAGAAAAGUUCAAAAAGUAAAAGGACCACCAGUAGUAGUAGUGACACAGACAGUGAGAAUACGGAUAAUGAAAAAUCUGAAUUUAUAGAAAUAAAGAAAUCAGAGGAACCAUUACAAAGAGAUAGUUGGAUGACCGAUUCAUUAAUGCUAAAAACUUAUUCACGAGAGCGAGUAGAAAAUAAACCAAAUGAUAAACAGCAAAUUGAUGCUUAUGAUCCGGCAAAAAGUACACGAGAAUUAAAUCCCUAUUGGAAAACAACGGGAACAGGUUUACCCGCAUUUCAAAAACCAAAAGAUGAUGAUAAUUACACAAAUAAAAAAUCUGUAUUUUCUCAAAGUAACUGCUACUCAUCAAAAGGUUGGAAAAAGCAAAGAGACAAACCCUUACCAAAUGAAUGUUUGGCUCUGCAAAGAAAAAAGUCUCCCUCAUCUAGUGAUGACAGCUCGUCAACAAAUGAUGAAGAACCUAAAGGGGAACCUAAUAAGGAAAUAUCCUCUACAAACUCAUCAGAAUUUUUAACCGAUCAACAAAUGAAUGAAUUAGGUGCAAAAAUUCUUAAAGCCGAAAUAAUGGGAAACAUGUCACUUGCUGAUGAAUUACGCGAGAAGUUGGAAAAGGCACGUACCCAAAGAAACAUAUUUAAAGAACGUCAAAAAUCGGCAUAUCUUGAAGGCAAACACAGUUCAACUAAAGAAGAAAAGUCUGGAAAGAAAGAUGAACACAUUCUACUGACGCACACUGACCACAAGGGUCAGUCUAGACCAUUGCCGGCAUCGAAAGUUUUGGAUCCCAGAGAUUUGUACGGUGGCAGGAAAAAACAGAAGCAAAAACGUGUUAACACCCAUGAUGAGUCUGGUGAGAGAGUUCGCUACUUUGCUGAUGAUGAUCGAUAUGAUAUAAAGCAAAUGUUUGAAAGGGAAAAAUAUACAAGUGCAUCAGAUGCCAAUUUACAAUUUGCCAACAUCGCUGGAAAACAUAAAAAUCCUAAUGAUGAUAUGGAGGAUAUAUUUGCCGAAAAAAUAUGUCAAGAUGAUUCUUCACGCUCCGAUCGUAAAGAUCGCGAUAGAGCUAUUCGUGAACAUCAAAAGGUUGAGGCAGCAUUAGACAAUUGCGACAAAUGCUUUGAUUCAACGAAAAUGCAAAAGGAACUACUUGUAUGUGUUGGUGAAAAUGUAUAUUUGGCUUUACCUUGGUACCAGGGUCUUCAGCCUGGUCAUUGUAUGAUAAUAACAAAUCAACAUGCAACAUGCUGUACUCAAAUCGACGAAGACACAUGGGCCGAAAUAAAUGAUUUCCGUAAAGCAUUAACACGUAUGUUUGCUUCACAACAUAAGGACGUAAUUUUCUUUGAAAUUGCUAAUCGAUUGCACAGACGACCGCAUUUGGUCAUACAUUGUAUUCCCAUUCGGGAAUCAGAUGGCGAAAUGGCUCCGUUUUAUUUCAAAAAAGCCAUAGAAGAAUCGGAACAUGAAUGGUGUGUCAAUAAGCAACUGGUUUCAUUGCGCCAGAAGUCUUUGCGUUCCUCUAUACCAAAAGGAUUGCCUUAUUUUUGGGUAAAUUUCGGCAUGGAUACGGGAUUUGCCCACGUAAUUGAGGAUGAAGAAAGAUUUCCGCCAAAUUUUGCACAAGAAAUAAUUGGCGGUAUGCUUAAUUUAGAUGCUAACAAAUGGCGCCGUCUUCAAAAAGAACAAAAUAUUAUAACAAAAGUAAAAAUGUUUGCGGAUUGGUGGAAAAAAUACGAUUGCACAACAUAAAUGUAAUCACUUGUUGAUGGAGAAUGUUUUAAAUUAUAAUUGAUAAUAGUUUUAAGCAAAGUUAUUGCUUAUAAUUAAUGAAUGCAAAUAUUUAAAAUACACAUUGAAAAUAAAAUUUAGAUAUAAAAAUUCAGA